AUGCCCAGAAUGAAUCAACCUCCCAGGCGCCUUCUGGGCAGUGUCAGUGCGCUCGAUUCGGUGCUUUACCGAAGCAUGUUUGGCACCGACGAAGCUCGAAAGAUCUUUAGCGACGAAGCCUACAUCAAGAGCUGCGUGGACGUCGAGACGGCGUUGGCCAGGGCGCAAGCCAAAUGCAAUGUCAUCCCGCAAACCGCGGCCGAAGCCAUCACCUCCACAGCAGACGCCUCCAAGCUCAACUAUGAUCGACUCGCCAAUGAGACAGAGAUUGUCGGCUACCCCAUCCUACCCCUCAUCCGACAACUCACAGACCAGUGCGGCGAGGCUGGCAAAUACCUACACUGGGGCGCAACAACGCAAGACAUCAUGGACACGGCGUCAAUGCUGCAGAUGAAGGCUGGCCUUGACCUCGUCGAGACCAAGCUGCGAAGCGCCAUCAGGGCGUUGACCAAAUUGGCCGAAGAGUACCGAGAUGCGCCCAUGGCUGGACGUACUCAUCUGCAGCAUGCUCUUCCGGUCACAUUCGGCUACAAGUGCGCAUCUUGGCUCAGCGGCCUUCAGAGGCAUCUAGAGCGCAUACAGCAACUGCGACCGCGCUGUCUGCUUGUUCAGUACGGUGGUGCGGCCGGAACACUCGCCUCUCUGGGCAAUGGCAGCGAAGGCAUCGAGGUGCGCAAGCAGCUCGCGGAGGAUCUUGGUCUCCACGACCCUUCCAUGACGUGGCACGUCGCGAGGGACGGUGUCGCCGAAAUCAUCAACACGCUUGCCCUGAUAGGAGGAUCCCUGGGCAAGGUCGCGCUGGAUCUCAUCAUCAUGUCCUCCAACGAGGUGGGUGAGGUCAUGGAGCCUUUCGUACCGCACCGCGGCGCUUCUUCCACCAUGCCACAGAAGAGAAAUCCCAUAUCGAGCGAGCUCAUCUUGGCGGCGUCCAAGCUGCUGCGCGCAAACGUUGGGUUGGGCUUGGACUCGAUGGUCGCCGACUUUGAGCGGGCUUCGGGUCCUUGGCAUCUCGAGUGGGUGGCCGUUCCUGAGAGCUUCGUCCUUGCUGUUGGAGCCCUUCAUCAAGCAGAGUUUGUCUUCUCCGGCAUGACGGUUGAUCGGGAACGUCUACUUCACAACCUGAACUCCACGGACGGUCUCAUCGUCGCUGAAGCUGUCAUGAUGGGCUUGGCGCCAUACCUCGGCCGACAGAACAGCCACGACGUCAUUUACGAGGCCUGCAAGACUGCCAUAGAGACAAAGGCCACUUUGUACGAAGUUUUGAAGAGGAAUAGCGAGGUUGUUACGCUGCUCGGCGACGACAAGUUGCAGGAGAUGUGUGACCCCAAGAACUAUUUGGGAGCUAGUACACAAAUGGUAGAUACUGUGACCGCCUUGAGUAGGAGUCUUGGGGUUUGA